AUGUUCAAGAGCAGAAAACUCAAAAGCGUGACUAACGCUAUCAAGACUGUCGGAACAAACGACUUGUCUGCUGGUCUUAAUUCCAAAUCCUUUGCCCUUGAUGAUCUGUGUAGAUAUGGGAUGUCUGGAAGGCCAGUUGGUAUCGCAUUUGACCCUGUUCAGAGCUUGCUAGCUAUAUCUACAGAUCUUGGUGAAAUUCAUGUAUAUGGCCAGCAACAAGUGGAGGUUGUUUUCAUGUUGAAUUCUGAUAUUCCAAUAACCAAUUUAAGAUUUGUUAAAGGUAUCUAUUUGGUAGCUGUUGAUGCAAGAAGUACAAUCAUGGUGUUCUCAAUCUAUUCCAAGAAAAUGUUAUCCACAUUUUCACCUCCAGAUAAGGUCACCGCAAUGGAAACUGAUCCUUCAUUAGAUUGGUUGUUGUUGGGGCUGCAAAAUGGGACAAUCUAUGCUUAUGAUAUAGAUAGAGGAAAUAUCACACCAUUCAAAAUCGACAACCUACAAAAAAAGGUAUUACCAAAAGAGAGACUAUCGCCUGUUGUCUCAAUUCAGUGGAACCCAAGAGAUAUUGGAACAAUACUUGUUGGUUAUUCUAACUGUGCUGUUAUUUAUUCAUUAAGUACAGGUGAGUUGAGACUCAGUUUCCGCUAUGAAGUUCCAAAAGGUGCUCCUGGUGGUAAUAACAUAAUGGCUUCCACUACUCGUUAUCCAAAUUUAACACAUGCAUUAUAUCAUCCUAAUUCACUAAAUAUAUUAACUGCUCAUCAAGAUGGGUCAUUGGUAUUCUGGGAUGCAUUGACGGGUGAACAACUCCAUGCUAGAUCUUUAUUUGAUAUUGAUAUUAAUGUUCCCCAAGGGUUUGCACCAACACAAGAAGGUGUAAUUAACACGGAGUUUUUGAAAAUUUCAUGGUUGUGUGAAGAUAAUCCAGAUAUUACCUCUCUAGUGAUAGCAGGUGGUGAUGGUCCUUCGCAUGAAGGAAUUCAUAAUUUGAGCGUAUUGAACUUUGGUAUGUCUCCUAAAUACUCAAUAACUUCUUAUGAAAAAAUGGGUAAAUACUAUGCAGAACCAAAACAGCAACGGUUUUUGCCAAUUCAAAACCGCUCAUCAGUUAUUGAUUUUUUACCAUUAGCUCAAUCAUCACCAUAUUUUCAUGGGAAUCAUAACCCAAAUUUCAUUGUUGCACUUUUAGAAUCUGGCGAAAUUGAAACAUUGGCAUACCCUAAAGGGAUCCUCAACUACAAAUCAUCAUUGUUUCCUCAAAGUAUAGCAUGGGUACAUCCACAUACAACUUACACUACUGCCACACCAGUUCCUAGAAAACAAUGGCUUGGAAUGAUUGGAAAAUCUACAAAGAGAGAAAAUAUUUUGAAAGGUGGUUAUCCUGUUAAGAAACCGCUUAGAGCCAACGAAGUUCGAUCUGCUUUAGCGACGGGUCAUAGUAAUGGGUCAGUCAGAAUAUGGGAUGCUUCACAUGCUGAAUUAGAUGAAUCAUCAGUUAUGGAGGUCAAUGUUUCAUCAGCGUUGAACACUAUAACAAAUGUGGCUGUUGACAACAUUUCGUUUGCAGGUGAAACUGCCGAAUUAGCUGUUGCUACGAUAGGAGGUGAUGUUGCGCUAUUUAAAUUUGAUAUCAACAGAAGAUAUAACCCAAAGAUUGGUGACAUUGAGCAAGAUUUGUCAAGGUUAUCAUUACAAGAAGAAACUAGACUGAUGGUUGACCUAUCCAGCAGAACACCAAAUAUUAAAGAAGGUUUUUUGCCCGUCGUUGCAAUUCAUGCGAAAAGAGGCAAAGUUACUGCACUACGUAACAGUAAUAUUGGAUUUGUCGCAAUGGCAUAUGAAACUGGUGAUUUGAUCAUUGUUGAUAGAAGAGGUCCUGCUAUCAUUUUUGAACAGAAUAUAACCCAUUAUUCCCAAGUUGGUAGCUCAUGUAUUACUUCUCUUGAAUUUUCAAUCAUGGUUUCUGGUGAUGAUGGAUAUUCCAGUAUUUUAUUAUUUGCUGGUACUGAUAAAGGUGAAGUUUUAACUUUCAAACUUUUACCAGAAUCAUCUGGCAGAUUCUCAGUGAAAGUUGCAGAUAUUGUUCAAACCAACAACUAUCCUAUAAUCAAUAUAGCACCUUCCAAAACUGAAACAGGAGCACCAGCUUUUGCAACGUUUGAGCAAUUUCAUCAAUUGUCAAGUGGCAUUCUUGUUCAAGGGUCAGUAGUUGUUACAUCAACUUCUGACAUCAGAAUCUUUACACCUGGAAAGGCAAAGUUGACCCACAAGAUUUCCAAUGUACCAAUCUCAAGAUCGGGUAUUUCCAUUAUUUCUGUGAAACAACCAAGUGCAAGUAAACCUUAUGGUGCAGUAUUACAAGUGUUGCUACAAACAGGUACCGUAAAAGUUCUUUCCUUGCCGGAAUUGAAGGAAAUUAGCUCUUUGCUUUUACCAUACCCAGUGGAUCCACACUUUAUCAAAUUCAGCAGCAUACUACCUUCAGGAGAUGCUGUUAUUCGUAUAGGAAGAUCAGAGGCUGGAUUAGUCAAUAUUGCUGGAGAGGGAAUCAAAGCAGCUCAAUUACAAUCAGAUAAGCUAUACAAUGACAAAUUGAAAAUUCCUUAUCGUCCACAAGUUGGUGCGCUACAAUGGGCAAAAGGUACACAAUUGGUUUCAUAUGAAGACCUUGAUGUGCUUAUUGGUGGUGAGAGAAGACCAAAACCUAAGAACCCUGAAUCUGAAAUUGCCAAUGGUAACAUGACUUACGAUGUCAAGGGUUCGAAAAACAAUAGUACUGAACAGCUAACUGAUGAAGAUUUUUCUUAUGCUAAGCCGGUUCGCAAGAGAACUCAAGGUGGCUAUGAUCCAACACGCUCUAUUGUAAGAGCAUUUCAAAAUAGUUAUGAGACUGCAGAGGAAAGUUUCAAUGAUUAUGCCAAUAAUGCAAGUCAAAAUAUGAAUGAAUCGAUUGGUGAAGCCAAGAACGAUUUAAUGAAGACAAUGUUGAAAUCAAAAUUUGGCUUUUGAUUUUGUAUAAACAUUUAAUAUCAUAGUGAUUUUGAACUACACUUUAAUGUAGGAUUGAAUUUCAUAGCUAUAUCAUCAAAACAAUCAAUCUAAAUCUAAAUCACCAGAAUCAAUAUUAUCAUCUGGGGUAGUUUGAUCUCUAUUGUUGUCGUUAUUGGUUGCAUUAGUGGUACCUUGACGAUCAUUUGUGUGAGAGACAACUUCACCGUUUGGACCAGUUGUAAUUGUAGUAAAAAUAACUUCACCAUUUGCACCUGGAGAAGGAGAUCCGUUAUUACGAGCACUAUUCAUAGCAAAUCUUAUUGCAGGUCCAAUUGUAUUUCUCAAUCCCUCUGGAAGAGAAUUUUGUAUCAAAUCUGCAAUGUUAUGGGGUUGUUGUUGAUUUUGUAUGUUGGCUUCAGGUAUUGAACUUUCAGGAUCUUGUGUUGGAUCGUUUG